AUGUUGUGAUUUGUCCGCUGAACAAUUGAAUUUUGUAUUUUUAGAAAGUCUAAAGAUUUAUAGAGUCGACGCAUGGCUUCGAUUAUAUUACGCCGAACCAAUUUUUACGCCAGUAGACUCUUUUUAACAGCGGCUGCAGCUCUGAGUGUAGCUCCAAAGAUACUUACGGCCGAGUUCUGCAGUACUGGAAAGUGCAAUGAUGAAGUUGAGAAAGCCAAACUCGCCUCCGUGGCGGCAGAGAAAUAUCAGCCCCAAGACACAAUUUUCGGCAAGAUCUUGCGAAAAGAAAUUCCUGCUGAUAUAAUUUAUGAAGACGAUAAGGUCAGUAUGUUAAUGCAAUUCGGUGAAUGAUUCAAUGGUUAUUCCUCAAGAAGCCUACAUCUACCUAAAACUACCCCCUUCUCCCCAAACUAGUUUCACCCCUUCUUUCUUUUGGCUAAAUUGCAGAAUACCCGGCCACUUUGGUCCGCCACACUUACAUGUGUCGGGAGGCUAUGAAGAUCGAGGCAUAUCACAAUAGACACUAUUCUUAUUCAAUGACAUGUAAAUGAGUGGCUGGGUAUUCUGCAGUUGCUCCCUUCUUUUAAAACUCAUAUUUAAAUAGCCUUAGGACUUUACUAAGGAAAACUUUAUUAAUUAACAUAGUCGUUGUUAUUGGUUUUCAAGUUGAUCUUUGUGCUUGAGUUGUCCUUAUUAUCAUGUCUUCCAUUUAAAUCCCCACAUAAUAUGUCUCAUAAACCUCAAUAUCAACAAAAACAAAAACAAACAAACAAAACAAUGAAGUGGAAGAAAUUUACGUUCAAUGUUUACCUGUAACUAUUCCAUUAUAUAUUAUAAGGGGGCACAGCAAAUACUGGAUGUCGUAAACUUUCAAUAAUUUGUAAAACUUGGGAGGCUACCUAGUGUGUAAAUAUAAAGGUUGUUGGUUUUAUUUUAGUUCUCUCUUUCCAAGGGCAUAGAUCAUUCAAUAUAGUGUCUUGAAAUUGGCCUUGUCACAUGGUAGGAAACAGUUAAAAGUGUCUAUGAUCAACUUUAUUUGUUUGCUAAAACUCCUUGCAGAGUUAUAUAAUUAGUUGCUAGUUGUUGUAUUAUUGAUUAGUGUUAAAAUGAAUCUGUCCUAGAUGGGCAGACAGAAAAAACAUUCAAUUUGCUCUGAAGAGAGGCUAAUGCUUGAAACAUCAGCUUAAAAGCUCUUAAUUGGGGCCAAUCUACAUUAUUAACUCAGUUUAUAAAACUAUGUUAUUUUUUUUACUCUCAUUAAUGCAGCACCACAAUUACUUUAGAAAUCUACCCCCUUUAGACAGAAAAACUGCUUUUGACUUGACUCCAAUGUGAAUAUGUAUAUACAGCAGUUUAUGCUCAUGCUGGCAAAAAAUAUUAGAUGGAUUCUGAACUCAAUUAGUGUGAAUAAAUCUGUUUUCAUUUUUUAAUAGGCACUUAAUCAGCUGUGGUAUGCUGAUUGUGUCACACUGAUCAUGGACGAAACAUACAAUAGCUACAAACAUUUGAGUGUUUUGCACUUGUAAUUUGCAUACAGAGUGCUUGUAGCACAUGAAAAGAACUAUUCAUGGUAAAGCUGCUAUACAUGUGGCAGUGUACACACGCUAUUAUAACCAAUGGUAGGACUUUACUUUUUAAAGAGAUCUAUUGGUUUUAUCACAAGCAGUGAAUCAAUUAUUGUACUGUAAUGUUUGUAUGGAUAUGUCAACAGGCUAUUGCUUUCCGUGAUGUCAAUCCUGUGGCACCCACACAUGUUUUGGUGAUUCCACGUAAACCUAUAACACAACUAGCGGCAAGCACUGAAGAAGACAUUCCUGUAAGUACCAAGAGUCUUUAUUAUCCAUCCUGCAGAGUAGGCUUGAAAUAUUCAGGUUAGGAGUGGUUUAUUUGGUUAUGAGCAUCAGAUAAAUGAACUAAUUCUCUGUUGUUGUGCUUUUGGAAAAUGGAAACUAUUCGUUUUAUAUGAUGAAAUGGUGAUGUCAUCUAUGUGCCAGUCCUCUAAUAGAUCAUAAGUAAGAAUGAAUCAAAAUGCAUAUAUUAUUCAGCUUAUUAUAUGAUUACAAAUAGAUUCACAUCACAGAUGAUAUCAAAAUGUGGUGGGAACAACAAAAGUGGCACACAAGGCACAGCUUCUAGGAUCUUUCGCUGAACAGAUGCACUGCAACAUGAUAUCAAUUUGUUUUAUUUGAUAUAAAAGCUAAUUGUUGUUAAUGAUGACAUGAUCUAUGGGUCUGUCCUCAAACAGAUUAUAAAUAAGAAUCAAUCAAAAUAUGCGCAUAAUUCAGCUUAUUAAAUAAAGUGAAUUUGACCUAGAUCCUCAAUAAGUUCUGACUGAACAUUUGUCUACCAAAUGAAGUUUCUCAUUCUAGUCACCUAAGUUACAUGAUUAGGAAGUGACUUAAAUAGAAAACAUUUUCUGACCAGUUCAUCAAUAUUCUUAUGUUUUAUGAUCAAGCUGUUUUAAUUUGUUUGAAAAUCAUUAAUUUUUAACCCUCAAUAUGUUCUUAUCACUUCAAAUUUGGUGUAUCCUCUUGGGGAAUCUUUUCAUGUUGCAAAUCAAAGAAGUAUUUGCCCCUUUCUUUUCUGGUACGAGCAACCAAGAGCAUCUUGAUUGGUUUAUAAGAGCAUUUACGUUAUCUUUUCUAAGAAUUUUGCUUCCUCCAGCUGGUCUCGCAAUUCAUUUAUCUGUUUAGCAAUAAGUGAUAACUGGUUGAUUUUGCUUCCUCCAGCUGGUUACGCAAUUCAUUUAUUUAUAUAGCAAUAAGUGAUAACUGAUUGAUUUUGCUUCCUCCAGCUGGUCACACACUUCAUUCAUUUAUAUAGCAACAAGUGAUGAGUGAUUGAUUUUGCUUCCUCCAACUGGUCACACAAUUCAUUUAUUUAUAUAGCAAUAAGUGAUGACUGAUUGAUUUUGCUUCCUCCAGCUGGUCACACAAUUCAUUUAUUUACAUAGCAAUAAGUGAUAACUGAUUGAUUUUGCUUCCUCCAACUGGUCACACAAUUCAUUUAUUUAUAUAGCAAUAAGUGAUAAUUGAUUGAUUUUGCUUCCUCCAGCUGGUCACACAAUUCAUUUAUUUAUAUAGUGAUAAGUGAUAACUGAUUGAUUUUGCUUCCUCCAGCUGGUCAUGCAAUUCAUUCGUCCAUUAAGCCAUAAGCAAUAGCUGAUUGAUUGCUGUACGUAUACAAAGAGGAAUUAAAUGGAAACCUUAUUUCGGCCUGAGAAACUGAUGAUAUAAUUUUCAAAUCAUGGAUACCUUGUUAAUGAACGAAGACAGAAGUUUUGCUUUAGGUCUGUGAUAGUGUUUUUUCUUUUUUUAGAGACUCAAAUUAAUACCCAACAAGGUCUCGGUAUAAAAAGUAAUUAUGGCUCUUAGUAUCUCAAAGAGUUCUAAAAUUUGACCAUUAAACAAUCCCUGAAAACCAUGAUCUGGAUGCUUCCAUAAUAACAUUACUUACUUCACUUGAGGAUGAGGAAGGAAAUUUUUAUGCUUUGAUGGUAACAUUGUUUUAUUAUCAUUAUUAUUUUUUUCCAUUUCAUCCCUUUAAAGCUUUUAGGUCAUUUGCUGUGGGUAGCAAAGAAAGUUGCUGAGCAAGAAAACCUGAAAGAUAGUGGAUAUAGGAUUGGUAAGAGGACUCAAUUCUUGAAUUGUAUUGUUGCACACUUGGAACCUCUUUUGUGUUACAUGUACCUCUAGUCAGAGAAUUCCUUACAGCACAAAGCUCAGUCCAAGAGCUGACAUGUUUGUAUAGUUCUUUAAUUGCUUGAUAUUUUCAUUUCAGUGAUCAAUAAUGGACGUGAUGGUGCUCAAUCAGUGUAUCAUCUUCACAUUCAUGUUAUUGGUGGACGACAAAUGUCCUGGCCACCUGGCUGAUUGAGGCAUUGAAUCUACAAAAUCUCAGGGAAACACAUCCAUAACCUUAAAUAUAGUAAAAUUUGUGAUUGCUAUAGAUUAGUUUAUACCACACAAGUGAAUAGUACUUUUCAUGCAUGUUGAUUAUCUAGCUUGGAAGUGAUUAGCCAGUUACAAUUCACCUCUGAGCAGCCCAGUUGAAACAAAAUGGCUUCACUGCACGUUAUAGUUGCCUGAAUUGAACUAAUUUCAGUAAGAAAAGCAGGUUCUACAAAAAUUACAAAACUUGGCAGCAAAGAUUGGUUUAAUGACACUAAGUUGAUUGUAAUGACAUCUUUCCAACUUUGUAUUCUGAAACAAAAAUAAAAUCUUUGUUGAAUUGUUGGUCACCAUGUAAGUAAAAGAUGAAACAUGUAAUGUUUUGCUGCAUUUUCAAACAAGUGAAAACAGCAAUUGAAGAAAUAGCAUCUGGAAAGAUAUGUAGGAGUAUCAAGAAGUUGCAGUUAUCUGUUGAAAAGAAAGAUGGGAUUGUUUCCGUAAGGAAAUGCUUAGCAUAAUAUUUUGCCAUUUUGAUUUCUCCACCUUAUGUCAGUUUACUAACUUUUCAACUUGUGUGAUAUUUCCAAAAAAACCUAUUCAUCCUCAGUGUUGGUUUAAGUGGUACACCCUUUUCUCAACUUUGGUGAAUAAUUGUUACAAAAUCAUCCAGUCUUUCACACAAUAAAAGCUGUCCAUGAAAAGAGUAUUUUUCAAAUACAGAUGAUAAACUUUUUCAUAUCAAAUUUUUAAGGUCCACAGUAAAUUGUGCACAUUUGAAAGCUAUUGAAAAAUAGUAUUAAACCACAAAUUUCGUCUCAGGACUUCUCUCCUGUGUAAGGAACUGUUCCAUCUUAUUUCAACCCUGCAGAGAAAGGUUAGAAAAUUAUUAGUUGGAGUAACAUGGGUCAAAGAGAAAUAAAGAAUAUUUUUGGUCCCUUCUCAAUUUCAUCACUUUUCUCCUGAUUUGCUCAUACAUCUCUCUUUAGCUCAAUGGAAAGCUAGUUCUUUUCUUUUCAAAGAACAGCGCACUGCAUAUGUCAAUAUAACUCGUUAGUGUAGUUUGAAUCAUUUGAAUCAUUUUGGUAGGAGCAGCCCACUAAACCGCUCAAGGAGUGCAUUUGUGUUGCAGAAGAAUUACUUCUGGAUUGCUUAGUAUAUGAAGAUUAUGUCCU